AUGUCCGACGGCAUUCUCAAGCCCGAGAAGGACUACAGCAAGGAUGCUGACCAGUUGAUUCCAGAGGCAGAGCAGCUCGCAAAGACCGAUGUCCAAAGUGCCAUCGACAAGUUGUUGGGAUUGGAAAAGCAGGCAAGACAGGCAACCGACUUGGCCACUACAUCCAGACUCCUCGUCGCCAUCGUCACAAUCUGCAAGAAUGCCGGCGACUGGAACCUCCUUAACGACCAAGUACUUCUUCUAUCGAAGAAACAUGGACAACUUAAACAGGCCACGACACGGAUGAUUCAGACUGCCAUGACGUUCAUUGACCAAACGCCUAAUAUGGAUGUGAAGCUGUCUGUUAUUGAGACUUUGCGGACAGUGACGGAGGGCAAGAUUUUCGUCGAAGUCGAGAGAGCCCGUGUUACACGUAUCCUAUCUAACAUCAAGAAGUCCCAAGGCGACCUUAAUUCCGCCGCCGAUAUCCUGUGCGAGCUCCAGGUGGAGACAUUUGGUUCCAUGACUAGGAGGGAAAAGACCGAGUUUAUUCUGGAGCAAGUUUCUCUUUGCAUAGAACGGGGCGACUGGACGCAAGCUACCAUCCUGAGCCGCAAGAUCAACAGACGCUACUUUUCCCGCAAGCCGAAGAAGACCUCCGAACAGAUCGAGCAGCUUAAGAAGGAGGCCGAGGAACGGGAGAAGACUCGUGCGCCUGAUGAGGCCCCAAUGGAGGUUGACGAUGAUGUGACAGAUUUGAAGCUUCGUUACUUCGAGCAGCAGAUCAUCCUUGCCAACCACGAGUAUAAGUAUCUCGACGUCUGCAAGCACUACCGGGAGGUCUUGGAUACGGAGUCGGUCGAAAACAACCCAGAGCAGUUGCAGGCUGUACUUGCACGGAUCGUUUACUACAUUGUCCUGUCGCCGUACGAUAACGAGCAAUCAGAUCUGCUGCACCGCAUCCAGCAGGACAGCCGGCUCUCGGCCGUUCCCGUCGAGUCGCGGUUGGUGAAGCUAUUUACCAUCCCUGAAUUGAUGCGCUGGCCUUAUGUUUCGGAGGAAUUUGGUCCUCAUCUGUGCAAUACCGAUGUGUUUGACGCCCAACCCGGCCAGUCCGCCGAGGACCAGGCGUACAAGAGGUGGCAGGACUUCCGGAAGCGUGUCAUUGAGCACAAUGUGCGCGUUGUGGCCAAAUACUACACCCGUAUCCAAAUGGGCCGCCUGACCCAGCUCCUGGAUCUGGCCGAAGAAGAGACGGAGAAGUACAUCAGUGACCUGGUCACAUCAAAGACCAUCUACGCCAAGAUCGACCGUCCAGCUCGACUGAUCAACUUCGCUAAACCCCGCGACGCUGACGAUGUCCUGAAUGAAUGGAGUAGUGACAUGAAGAACCUCCUGAACCACCUGGAGCGCAUCGAUCACUUGAUUACCAAGGAGGAGAUGAUGGCUAGGAUUCUUCCGGCCAAGGCCCAUUGA